AUGACAUCAGAAAUUUCUAUUAUAUCAAAACUUAUCCAUAAGCAGCAUCGAUCAUUACUUGAAUGCUCUACUACGAACGAUAAACUACUUCAAUGUUUAUUAAGUCCCAUAAUAGAGAAUUCAACUGACAUGCUUCUUGCAAUACCUAUUCCAAUACAUAAAAUAUGUCUAGAUGCAUCAGGAAAAAAAAAUGUUUUUACAACUGAUAAUCUAACAAUCGAUGAACUAAAUCUUAUGCUUAAUCAAUAUAUGAAAAAUCUUUGUAAUAUACAAAAUUAUCUUAAUAAGUUAGAUGAACAUUUUAAAGAUCUAUCUAAGAUUAUCGAAUAUCUACGAAAUAAUAAAAGUUUCACUAAUACUGUUGAACUUAUUGAAACACGUCUUUUACAAAUGUAUGUUAAACGAAAUCAAAUCAAUGAUUUACUAAAUCAAUUUUCUAUUAAACAUCUCAUGGAAAAAAUUUCACCGUUAAUUCUCAAAUCAAAAUCAGUUAUUAAUUAUAAUGAAUUAUUAAUUUCGACACAAUUAAGUAUCAAUCAAAAAACCACAUUAAUUGAUCAUCUUAAAAAUGAAUAUCGAUAUACAAAAUAUCAUUUAAAUGAAUAUUCAUUAAAACUAAAAGAUCGACGUGAAUCACUUAUGAAAUUAACAAAACAAAUUCAACAAUUUUUAAUUCAACAAAGUAGAGCAGCCAAAGAAGCAAAUUUCAUAUCAAUAAAUAAUCAACAUGAUCGACAGCAUAUUGAAUUAACAAAUUUAUCAAAUGAAUAUGAACAAUUGCAGAAUGAAAAUUAUUUAUUAGCAUUGAAAGCUAAAGAAAACCUUGAAAGAUUUUCUAUGAUGAUGCAAUCAAAUCAUGGUUAG